CCUGUUGCCCAAACAUUCCGGGAGAACCACUUUCUCGGUGCUUCCAAAGUUGGAGCGAUGCCUUUGAGGGUUGGACUGUUUCAUUGUAUGGGCCUUGCUGGAAAGCUCAACUGGCUUUUAGUAAGACAUGUGCCGCAAGCGUCACGAUCGGUGAUCUUCUUUCCUGGGGAUAUCUCUGACUUCGCAUCAAAGCAUGCGCCCUAUAGCUACUCCUUGGAGGGGUUGCUUUGGGUCUUGUCCUUGAAGUUCCCCGAGGACAAUGUGGUCCUAGUCAAGCCGCGGAUGAUGAGGGAACACUUUGCCAUCUACGUGAAUUUUAUGCAGGUGGACAGCUUCGGGAAUCCCAGAUCAUUGGCAGAUCCCCAAAGCCAGGCGGAAGCAGAUCCUCCGCAGGCUGUUGAGCACCUUCAUUUGCUGUUGAGAUCGCUUUCUACCGAACUGGGUGAGGAGCUCCCGUCUGCGCUGCUGUUGUUGGGUUUCAGCAAGGGCGGCGCGGUUCUCAAUGCACUGAUGCGAGAGGCAAAGGUUGAGUUGUGGUCACGAGUUCAAGCAGUUCACUUCAUUGACACUGGGCUGAAUGUGCCGGGUGUUUUCCCUGCUGAUGAAGAGGAACUCCGAAAGCUCAAGGACUUGGUGCCCAGCAGCUUUGAGAUUUGGCUUCACUGCACUCCCCGUCAACUGGAGGACCCAGGCCGGCCCUUCGUUGCGAAAGAGCACAAUGAGUUCGAGGAACGCUGCAAGGCAAUUGGCUUCUCUGUGCUUCGAAGGCACUACGCUGAAGGCCUGCCCAUCAGCCUGGAGAUGCACUUUGACUCCUUGAGAUGUUUCUACACCAGCGCUGGUGACCAGGAUGCGGGCAAUGCCCACUGUGGCUUCUUUCGCGCGUGGCAGGACAUAGCAGAGGCUGCGAUGGAGAGCUGAGCUCGUGAAAAAAUUGGUGCAAGAGGUUUGCACAAGUGGCGCACACUUAAGAGGGUUUCCACACCGAACUCAUCUCAAACGCAUGAGUGCUGGGUGUUUUACAGGCUUUGGAGGUUCCACCAGCACUUACGAGUCGACGCCACUGACGAGGUCGUGUGUUUGCAUGUUGCACUUCCAC